UUUUUUUUUUUUUUUCAGGAAAGAUUAAUUGAAGACUGGUGCUAUGAGGUACAAAAAGAAAUAGCCGAACAGAAGCCUGAAUUUGCCGUUAUACAUAUUCAAGGAUUAAAAGCGUCACCGGAUCCAGAAGCAUUGUCCCGUAAAAUACUAAAGUGCAUUUUCCAAGAUUCCGAUGAACUUCAAAGGCAGUUUACAGCAAGCCGGGCCUUCUUUGACACUCGUGACACUGGGCUUGGUUCGAUGUACUUCUUCCGGAACAACAGCGAAGUAGAAUCCUUUGACCGUUACAGCAACACGGGAUACAAGCAUCUGCAGGGACAUAAUCACGAUGUUGGAUCACGUGAAUCUGACGGUUUUAUUGCAAAUACAUUCAACACGGCUUCCAGCUCACAAGUCGGUUCCCUCAGAUACGAGGGAGACUUUUAUGCAAUUUUUGCCAAAGCUGAUAUUAUUUUACAGCGAGGCUCCCAUCAAGAUGGUGAAGCGAAAUCUGACGAUCAAGUUACCGGCUACUUGAUGUCAAGGUUUCGAAUUUAUGGAAGAGAUUUCACAUUUGUGAAUUUAUGCCUACACGCUGUACCCUUUGAGGAUGUUAAUGAACUGGUUGAGCAGCCAGAAGUAACAAAAGCUGCAGCAACACGACAAAAACAGAUUGACAUCCUUCUAAAAGAAAUUGAAUCCGAAGGACUAAAGGAUGACUCAAUACUUGCUGCUGGUGCUUUUAAUGCGCAACUUUUUGAAACACAGUUGCUUAGUGAUAUGGCUGAAACUCAACGGGCUAAAAGCUACGCUAAACGAACACCGGAAGGAAAACUUGCUGGUAUUGAACAACGUGACCGACACGGAAGGAGUUUGGUAACAGUGGAAACACAUCGUUUUGAUUUACACUCAAUCCACGACUGGUUCUUCCGUCUUGGCCGUGGACAAAUGGUUAAAAAGUACAACGGUGAACUGUCACAAGUAGUUUUUGGUGGUAAACUUCUUGAAGAGUCUGUUUUCUUCCAGCCAUCACGUCAUUACGGUAUAAAUACAUCAACGAACAAGGAAGAAUACAUGAAAAAUCUAUGUCCAGCCUGGGCAGAUCGUGUUAUGUACAACGAAAAAUUGAAUGAUCUUUUCAGACAUGACUCGUUUUGUGCUUCUGGCCUAUAUUAUGGUUUGGUUGGUGAAAAGAAAUACAUCGGGCAACAUAAGCCAGUUGCCCUUCAUGCGACAAUAUGUCUCAAAUAA